UUAGACAGCACGCUGGAUAUUAGUAAGCUGCGCAACUCGGGCAUGGUGAUCGAGGCUGUGUUUGAAGACCUGAAGCUAAAGCAGCAAGUUCUGAAGGAUGUGGAAGAUGUGAUUCCGGAUAGUGCGGUAUUUGCAAGCAACACAUCCGCUCUACCUAUCCAUCAGAUAGCUGCCGCCAGCAAACGACCGGAAAAGGUGAGUCAACUGUUUGACUUAGUCCCCUCCCUAGCGUCCGCAACUGAUGUCGGUUUGCGUCAAGGAAAAGUGGUUAUUACGGUAAAAGAUGGGCCGGUUUCUCCAACAGAAUUAAAUACAGCCACCGUGGCAUUUGGCUGGCCUAUUGGACUGGCCACUCUAGCCGAUGAGGUUGGAAUUGAUGUGGUCUAUCACGUGGCUGAAUUUCUUUCAACUUCUUUCAAAACGCGAAUGGCUGUAAGUGGAGGCGAUAUCAAGGUACUCAAAGAGAUGGUUGCUGCUGGGAUGUUAGGUCGCAAAUCCGGAAGAGGCAUAUUUCAUUAUCCCCAAAACAAGUCAUCAACUUAUUUGGAGAAUAACGAGGUGUUGACACUUAUGGAACGAUUCAGCAUCACACCGAAAGCCGAAAAUACUCGAGAGCGAAUUCAGUACAGAUUGUUCUCACGUUUCGUCAAUGAGGCUGUGCUCUGUCUGCAAGAAGGUAUUCUUGUCAAUGGUCCAGUUGAUGGUGAUGUUGGUGCGGUAUUCGGUCUGGGCUUUCCGCCCUGCCUUGGUGGUCCAUUCCGUUACUUGGACAUGCAUGGUUCAGCUAAUAUGGUCUCACGGAUGGACGAGUUCCGAGCGAUUUAUGGUGACCAGUUCGAGCCGUGUUCACUUCUGAUGGAACAUGCGAAAAACCCGGAUAAACAAUUCCAUAAGCGAUGA